UCUCUCUCUCUUUCUCUCUCUUCAGGUAUUUCUUUCUCUGUGUUCUCUCAUUCCAGUUGUCAUGCCUGCUCAAGUGGUGUCUGAGAAAACCUACCAAGGGAUUCACAUCUUGGGAAAAGAAAGCAAUCCUCCCACCCCUAAAAGGUUGGAGGGAAAGAUUGCAAUUGUGACUGGUGGCGCUAGAGGGAUUGGAGAGGCAACAGUGAGACUCUUUGCAAGCCAUGGUGCUAAAGUAGUGAUUGCUGAUGUUGAGGAUACCCUUGGAACUGCGCUUGCCAACUCAUUGUCUCCUUGUGCAACCUUUUUUCAUUGUGAUGUUAGCCUGGAAGAACAUAUUAAGAACUUGAUUGCCUCCACGAUUCUUCGAUAUGGGCGUCUUGAUAUCCUCUUCAACAAUGCUGGGGUGCUUGGCAAUCAAUCUAAGCAUAAAAGCAUAGUUAAUUUUGAUGUGGAUGAGUUCGAUCGUGUUAUGCGUGUCAACACGAGAGGUGUGGCACUAGGAAUGAAGCACGCAGCGCGUGUGAUGAUCCCUAGAGGAGCUGGGUGUAUCAUUUCCACGGCCAGUGUUGCCGGAGUGAUGGGAGGGCUCGGUCCGCACGCUUAUACUGCUUCAAAGCACGCCAUUGUUGGGCUAACAAAGAACACAGCUUGCGAGCUUGGGAGGUAUGGAAUUAGAGUGAACUGCAUUUCACCAUUUGGGGUGGCCACAUCAAUGCUUGUUAAUGCAUGGAGGAGCAGUGAUGGAGAAGAAGAAGAAGAGGAAUGUAUGAAUUUCGGGUUACCUUGCGAGAAGGAAGUGGAGAAGAUGGAGGAGUUUGUGAGAGGGUUGGCCAACUUGAAAUCCCAAACCCUAAGGGGUAGAGAUAUAGCUGAAGCUGCUCUAUAUCUUGCUAGUGAUGAAUCUAAAUAUGUAAGUGGUCAUAACCUUGUUGUUGAUGGUGGCAUCACCACAUCAAGGAAUUGUGUAGGAUUGUAACAAAUGUUAAAGUGUGCAAACAUG